AUGGACUCGGCGCUCAGGGAGAUGCCCUUCGUUUUCGUUUAUUUGGACGACAUCCUGGUCGCCAGCUCCUCCGAGAAGGAGCACCAGGGUCACCUACGCGACCUCUUCAUGAGGCUCGACCAGCACGGACUAAUCGUCAACCCGGCGAAGUGCCUGUUCGGGUUGUCCUCCAUCCACUUCCUGGGGCAUCUCAUCAACAAAGAUGGGGCCGCUCCUCUUCCGUCGAAGGUGGAGGCGAUUUCUGCUUUCCCCCGCCCGCAAACAGCUCGGGCGCUCCGAGAAUUCCUGGGGAUGGUGACGUUUUACCACCGGUUCAUCCGCCAGGUGGCUCACGUCAUGCGCCCACUGUACGAGGCUCUCAAGGAAAAGUCCCCUGGCCAGGCUGUCGACUGGACGGUUGAGAGGGAGAAGGCGUUCGAGGCCACGAAGGCCGCCUUGGGCCAAGCCGCCAUUGGGGGUCAAGCUGCACCGCACGACCGCAUCCCCAUCAUCCCCAAGCAAACGGCUUGUGCGAACGUUUCCACCGUUCCAUGA